AUGUGUGGGGGGAAGAUGUGUUUCUGCUGUCUUCCAGUCUCCGUCUGCAACGGAACGGGCCCGAUCACGCUAACUGAAGGAGACUGCCUGCAGAUUCACAGUCCGAACUACCCUCUCCCUUACGAAGACAACACCGACUGUUCUCUGACUGUCGUUGCGCCGCCAGUCUGCCAGAUUGUGCUGCAAUUCUGCCACUUAUCGCUCGAGAGAUGCCCCUACGAUUUUCUGAACAUUACUGAUGGGAUGACCACGUCCUCUUUCUGCGGGAAAGCCCAAGUGCUGCCCUCGCCCGCCAGCCUCGGCAACUCCGUCACUGUGCAAUUUUCCACAGACUUCUCACAAGUCAACAUCGGCUUUAAUCUUGCUGUCUCCCUAAACUGUGCACCACUGUGCAGUGACGUUGUUGCCACCAGCUCUGUGGGCGUGAUUUUCAGUCCAGGUUACCCAGGAACUUACUCCAACUUCCUUAACUGCAACCUCACCGUGACCGUUGCAACGAGCACUGCAAUAAGCUUUGAUUACUUGAAUUUCAACUUGGAAGAACACCCGACUUGCAGCUACGACUUUUUGACCAUUAAUGAUACAAUUAGCACGGAAAGUGACUGGCAUAGGGCCUCUUGCUUGCAUAAUCCGGGACCGGGUUAUAUGGGCACCGAGUUCGUUUCCCCGGGUAUUACUCUACCCAUCAGGUCUCUUCACGAGAUCAUCCUGGGUGGAGGAAACUCGUGGGACGAACUAGGUGGUCAUGGCUUGGGCAGAUGGACCAGACCUGCUGUGAGGAGCUAG